GUUGUAUACAUGGACUACAUCCUUGCAUCAAUGCAUUCAUUCACUUAAGACGAACCCGGAUCCUGGAAGACUGGCAGGGAUUCUCACACGAUGCAGGGAUUUUUCGCGAUAGCGGCUGUGCUCGCGGGCUAUCUACUCAGCGCGGACGCCAUACAACUUGGAAUCCCUGACAGCGAUCGUGCUCCCAAGGUCGUGCAACAGCAUUUAUACCGACAUCCUGUCGCCGAUCCAGUGGAGAGAGAUCGAAGGCGAUUCCUGCACAAGCGCCAAAAUGACAGCGUCAACGCCGUCGAUGUACCUUUACGGAACGAUCUCUUCCUCUACUACAUGAACGUCUCAGUCGGCACGCCACCGCAAGACUUUGAAGUUCACAUCGAUACCGGAAGCAGCGAUCUCUGGUUGAACGUGCCGACCAGCGAGUUCUGCUCUCUCCCCGUGGACCCUUGCACGACCGGCACAUACGACGCCAACGCCUCGUCCACAUACGAAUACGCCAAUAGCCUAUUCGAGAUCCUCUACGUUGACAAAACUACUUCCAACGGCGACUAUGCCAGAGACGUCGUCCGACUCACCGAUAGCAACGUCUCCCUCCCCGGACAGCAAUUCGGCGUUGGCUAUGAAUCCACCACACAAGACGGCAUCUUGGGAAUUGGCUACCCUACGAAUGAAGUCCAAAUCUCCUUUGGUGGCCCUCUCUACGACAAUAUUCCCGUGAGCAUGGUCAAAGAAGGCUACAUCAACACUCUCGCGUACAGUCUCUGGCUGAACAACAUCGAUGCCGAUGAAGGCGACAUUCUGUUCGGUGGUGUCAACACGGCUAAAUAUCAAGGGGACCUCGUCUCUCUGCCCGUCAUUCCCGACAGAGGCAUCUACCGGGAAUUCACCAUCGAGAUGAACAGCCUAGGUCUCAGCGGUGACGAAGAGGCGUUCUCCAGUUCUCCCCUCGAAGUCCACCUCGACUCCGGCGCGAGUCUGACGUAUCUGCCCGAAGACGUUACAAAUCGUAUUUACUCCAGAGUCGGCGCUACCUACGAUGCUCGCUAUGGUAUUAACAUCGUCGACUGCGAGGUUGCGAAUCAGAACGAGACGAUGGACUUUGUCUUCUCCAACAUCACGAUUAAAGUCCCCAUGAGCGAAAUGGUGGUGCCGUACGCCAACUUUGGCGCUCAAGAACUCUGCGUGUUUGGGGUGCUUCCGACGAUCACAUCCUCGCUGGGUAAUGAGUACAUCAUUCUCGGUGAUACAUUUUUGCGGUCGGCGUAUGUGGUGUAUGACAUGACGAAUCAUGAGAUCUCGUUGGCGCAGACUGUCUUUGGUGUGGAUGCGGCGGAUGAUCAGAUUGUGGAGGUUUCGUCGAGUGGAGAUGGCAAGCCUGUUGGGACGGGCAUUGCGAGUUUUGUUGCUCCUGGAGGAACGACUGGAUCAGGGUCGGGAACUGGAACAGGAAGUGGGAAUGAGGUAACGACUAUCAUUUCAUCACUGCGAUAUGUGUCAGCAAGCACGUUGUCUCGCCCUCGCCCUCGCCCUCGCUCUCUCAUCACUCUCAUCACUCUCGGCCUUCUAGCCGGUCUGCUCGUCCGUGAACAAGCUGAUGUACUCACUCCUGCACCGGGUGAUCGGAGCUUCAAGAAUCACACUGGAAUUCGCCUGCUUCUUCUGAUGUCACUCCUCGAUCGAGUUCGCUCGUGCGGAUGA